UCCAGUUAUAAGAUGGGGACGCUAACGUGCGCCGAUUUUCAGAGUCCGCCAUGGCUACCAGAGACCAGAAAAAGAGAAUACCACUCUUUCCCUUAGUCUCUCUUCUCUGCUUCGCUUCUAUCUUCUUCGUCCUCUCUUUUUCCAGAAGGCCCUUCCUCUCUCGCCAAACCUCCCAGCUCAAACCCAACCUCAUAUCCCACCCGACCCCACCAUCCGGAUCCUGCAAUUAUACGCAAGGUUCCUGGAUCUACGACCCGAAUUGGAGGUCCGAGAGGUACGAUGGUACCUGCAAGGAGAUAUUUAAAGGAUGGAAUUGUAUUGCUAGUAAUAAAUCCAAUGCCAGAGAAAUUCUCAAGUGGCGGUGGCAGCCUAAGGGCUGCGAUCUUCCACCGUUCGAUCCCGUCUGGUUCUUGGAGACUUAUAGAGACACCAACAUUGGAUUCGUUGGCGAUUCCUUGAAUAGGAAUAUGUUUGUGUCUCUUUUUUGCGCACUGAAACGGGUUUCAAGCGAAGUGAAAAAGUGGCGUCCUGCUGGGGCUGAUCGUGGGUUUACGUUUCUUCACUACAAUCUUACUAUUGCAUACCAUCGAACAAAUCUUUUAGCGCGUUAUGGUAGUUGGUCAGCUAAUGCUAAUGGUGGUGAGUUGGAAUCCCUUGGAUAUAAAGAGGGCUAUAGAGUUGACAUGGACAUUCCCGACGGCACAUGGGCAAAUGCUCCCAGCUUCCACGAUAUUCUAAUCUUUAACACUGGACAUUGGUGGUGGGCUCCUUCAAAAUUUGACCCUGUAACGUCACCCAUGCUUUUCUUUGAGAGGGGCCAGCCUGUGAUCCCACCCUUAACCCCUGAUGUUGGGCUGGACAAGGUUUUGAAAUACAUGAUACUGUUUGUUGAGAAAAACAUGCAUCCAGGUGGGCUCAAGUUCUUUCGUACACAAUCUCCUAGACAUUUUGAAGGAGGUGACUGGGACCAGGGUGGUUCCUGUCUACGACUAAAACCUUUAUUGCCUGAGCAAGUUGAAGAACUCUUCUCUAUAAAGAACAAUGGAACAAAUGUGGAAUCCCGUUUGGUGAAUCAACACCUCUUCAAGGCCAUUGAGGGUUCUAAUUUCCAUAUUUUGGAUAUAACCCACAUGACUGAGUUCAGGGCAGAUGCUCAUCCAUCCACUGCUGGUGGGAAGAGGCAUGAUGACUGCAUGCACUGGUGCUUACCGGGAAUAACGGAUACUUGGAAUGACUUGUUCAUAAUGCAUCUAAACAGUAUCAAGGUUAGAAACUAAUGUACUAUUAAUUAUUUUUUUUUCCACAAAUUGAGUUCUCUUGGUUCUUUGUUCUACUAAAUGCAGUGAUCACAUAUUGAGACACUUACUGACACAAAUGAUAAAGCUGAAAAUUUCUAACUGAAAAUUAGGAGAUGCUGAAAAUGUUUUGAUAGCA